CCCCCAACCUUUUGGAAGAUCUGCCUUCUGAGGGCUGGGUGGGCUUUGCACUCCGCAGGGUCUGAGUCCAGCCAUUGUAGGAUCAGAGGCACUAAGGGAUUUGUAUACUUGUGAUCGACAUCUAUUUCUUCUUCACCGUUUGGUAUUUAUAGGGUCUUCCUCCCCUGAUAGGAUCACAACAAAAACCCGCCAUGCCUCUGGGAACACCUGCCCCCCUAAACAAGAGGAAAAAGCCCUCCAAGAUCAUAACUGACCUAUCACAUAUCAGUCAGAAUGAAUGUGAAGCAGAGACGGAGGCAACAGAGCUGGACCUGGGAAAAAAGAUCAGGACUCCCAGAGACAUCAUGCUGGAGGAGCUCUCGCUGAUGAAGAACCGAGGCUCAAAGAUGUUCAAGAUGAGGCAGCAGAGAGUCGAGAAGUUCAUCUAUGAGAACAACCCUGAUAUCUUCAGCAGCGAUUCAAUGGACAACUUCCAGAAGUUUGUUCCCUCUCUGGGAGGUCAGAUAGGAGGUCAAAUAAUAAAUGUCGGUGGGCACUUUGUGAGCAAAGAGUCUGGACAUCCGUAUUUAGGAGCCAUUUCUGCUGGAGGAGGGGCCCCGGUGCCUCCUCCAAAGCCUGGAAGCAAAGGAGCAGGAGCAGGAGCAGGAGGAGCUGUGGGUGCUGGAGGGGCUGGAGGUGCAGGAGGACUGGGUGGGGAAGACAAAGGGAGAGAAGGACAUGGAACAAGUGAAGGGUCCGCACUAAGAGGAGGUGGAAAAGAUGGUGGAACUAAAAUGUUGAUUCAUGUAAAGACAUAUGUGUCUCCGUGGGAGAAGGCCAUGAAAGGCGACGAGAAUCUGCUGGCCACUCUAAAAUAUGCAAUGCCUGGUCCUAUUGGACCAAUGGAGCUCCGCAAAUUCAAGUGCUUCAACAGGAUGGCCAUGCCCUUCGGCGGCUUCGAGAAGGCCAACCAGCUCAUGAAAUUCCAGCUGCCAGAAACAGAGGUGACCAAACCUGAGCCCGAACCGGCAGUGGUGUACCAACAAGACAUUGGCUGCCGACCCUCCUUCAACCGCACUCCCAUUGGCUGGGUGGGCAACAACGAGCCCAGCAGCAUCCACAUGGAGACAGAUGCCGUGCCUUUUGAUGGAGAGACCGACGAGCUGUGAAAACACAAUCAUACUGUGAUCACACACACACAUGAGCCUGACUGUAUGGAUAAACUUCAGCAUGCACACACUAGGCAAGCUUAAAAAUCUCUGUUGUAAUAAUAAUGAAUUUGAAUGUUUGAAUGUGAAUAACCUGAAAGUGUACAUGACUUGCAGUCAUGCUCGUACCUUGCUCUGUAAGAAGUUGUAAGACAGAGACAAAGCUGCAGAACUUAUGACAAAACAUUAAACAGUAUUUUGUCGAGCUUUAAUGACAGCUUUCAUUUGUCCAAAAAGUUGAGAAGUCACUGAUUUUGUCAGAGGAAAGAGUGAAUUAUGUGCGAAGAUGGAGAUUCCCGCUGCUACUUUUGUGCAUGUUCCCUUAAUGUCAAAUUGUUGCCACACAUGUUGUCUCCCUUUUUUGUUAAGACUUUGAUUAUUUGUAGAAGUAUUAAAACACCACAAUCUUGUCUAAUUUGGUAUGCAAGCUUUUGUUGAUACUUGUGCCAGCAGAUUUUUGCCACAAUAAACUUUAUCUCUUUUCUUGA